AUGAUCACUCCCAUCCCGGUCCGGACAAUCACAAAAUGUCAGUCCGCACGAUCACAAAAUGUCAGACACAUUGGACCCAAUUUUCCAAAGAAGCCAGUUGUAUCACUCAACACUAUUUUGCCUCCUCCCACACCUUGCGACCCCAAAUCCUCAAGAUCCAACAUCUCCACUUCGGCUUCCAUUUCAACUUCGAGCUCGAUGGCCCAUCAGCUCGAUCUGCUUCCCUCCUCCUCGAUGCGCAUCGGUGCUCUUUCCUCUCCUGCUCCUUCAUCUUUCGAUCCGCUUCCCUCCUCCUUGAUGCGCAUCUGCGCUCUUCCCUCUCCUGCUCUCUUGUCUUUUGAUCUGCCUCCCUCCUCAUUGAUGCACAGUGGCGCUCAAAUUCCCUCUCCCACUCUUUGUUUGAUUGAACACCAGGAAGAACAUACGAUCAACUCGAAGGCUGAAGCUACAGCAUCUUCAGCGCUUGAUCUUAAUUUGGCUUUGAACUGGAUCCAAGCUGCAACUGCAGCUACUUCAACCGGGCCGGGCUGUAAAUUACCCGGAGCCGUGGCAACACUAUGGAGACAGGCGUUUUUGGGCGUCUCCCCAAAAGAAGUUGCCGAGGAGGCUGGACCUCUAUUUAAUCGCGAGUCAUCUUGUUCCAUGGUCUGUUAUCCGCUCACCACUACAAUGUCUUUUACCAACAACAGUCCCUCUCGUCGUGUGCAGGUCACAUCGCUCCCUCACAUUCAUAUAGAGUCACCUUCUGGAUCUGACCAAAUCAGACGUGCUCCCGCACACUCGCAUAGGCCCGAUACUGACUCCUUUCCAUAUACUAUGUACAACAAUGAUCUGCCAUUUACGUCUUCUUCUACACUUUUUUAA